AUAUGUAACACACAGAAAAUACAUUUUAUAUUAAAGACUGAAAUAGCAAAAAGAUGCACCGCAUCUGUCAUGAGUUUAACAACUUUAAUGAGCGCUACAAGUAGCCUGUGCUGCUGUUUAUUAUCAUAGUGGCCACCAAAUGCCAUUACCACUGAUCAGCACAUGGGGUAACUCCGCUUCACUCGGCUUGAGGUCACAAAUUGUAUGCUGUUUGAGAGCGUCAACAUUGUAGCAUUGUCCUUCAAACAACAAGAGUUAGAAAACACCGGCAGCUCACAUGAGCUCGAAGGGACGCAGAAUUAAACGCACCAAAAAUGUGCGUAAUUUGGAUUCGGAUGAUUCGCCCUCACUAGCGCAAUCAAUAAUCGAUGAGCAGCCAAAUAUUAUGCCUACCGGGCGACAGUUUGAGAGGACACCUCCAUCUAAAAGUGAAAGAGUAAACAAGCCCCUCAGCAAACCAGAUGGUUCUCCAACAUCAGAACAAGUGGUCAAAGAUGAGCCAUGUGGCCAGGAAAUAACUAAACCCCUUUCUUACAAUGGAUCAAAUGAAGUUCUCCAGCACCCUAAAGUUAAAGAUGAGAGGACGUCGGUCAGGAGGUCUAGUUCUACAGCUGCAUCAGCGACCCCUGGGAAUCUCGAUCCUGAAAUCUUCAUCCAGGGAAUGCAAGGAUACAAAUGGACAGACACAGAUCUGGAGUUUGUCUAUCAAACCAAAUGGAAAAAGCGAGUUCAACAGGCACAGCAAGAGUUAAGUGACUUGCAGAAGUCUCUGAAGAGCAUGAAACAAAUGCGGGACAUGAGCUUUGCUGCGCUUGACAAAAUACAAACAGAGCUUUCUAAGGUGGUGUCGUGUGAACGUUUACAGCAAAUUUCCAUGGAAAUACUUCUGAGGUCCCAGAGCUCUAGUCAGCUGGAAGGGCUUGAUCUUAAAGCUCUCCUUGCCAAGCUCAAGGUUGCUGAUGUGCACUGCACUACUGCUGAAGAGAAGGCAGAGGUCAGCAAACUCAAGACAGAGCUGGAAAAAGCACAAGUAUCGAGAGAAAAGGAGGAGCGACUCAUGAAGGACAUUGACCGCUAUAACGAGAACAUCAACCAAAUCAAGGUAAAUGUUGAUACACUUAAGGCAGAAAUAUCUGCUCUGGAAUCCCAGCUGUCCAGUAAAAAGGAGACACCACAGUCAGCUAAACCACGGCAAAAAGGGGCUCAAAGAGGCACAAAUCCCUCAACUGCCCCUAAACCCCUUUCAGAUCCCAAACCUCCUGCCUCUCCUUCUGUUCCAAAAACCUCCAUACCUUCUCCUGCUCCAAAAACUUCCAAACCUACUGCCACCCUGAGAGCCCAGACUGCCUCCAAACCUCCUGCCUCACCUCCUGCGCUAAAAACCUCCAAAGCUACUGCCACCCUGAGAGCCCAGACUUCCUCCAAACCUCCUGCCUCACCUCCUGCGCUAAAAACCUCCAAAGCUACUGCCACCCUGAGAGCCCAGAGUGCCUCCAAACCUCCUGCCUCACCUCCUGCGCUAAAAACCUCCAAAGCUACUGCCACCCUGAGAGCCCAGACUGCCUCCAAACCUCCUGCCUCACCUCCUGCGCUAAAAACCUCCAAACCUCCUGCUCCAAAACCCUCCAAACCUACUUCUGCUUCUCCUGCUCCAAAACCCUCCAAACCUACUUCUGCUUCUCCUGCUCCAAAACUCUCCAAACCUACUUCUGCUUCUCCUGCUCCAAAACUCUCCAAACCUACUUCUGCUUCUCCUGCUCCAAAAACCUCCAAAGCUACUGCCACCCUGAGAGCCCAGACUGCCUCCAAACCUCCUGCCUCACCUCCUGCGCUAAAAACCUCCAAACCUCCUGCUCCAAAACCCUCCAAACCUACUUCUGCUUCUCCUGCUCCAAAACUCUCCAAACCUACUUCUGCUUCUCCUGCUCCAAAACCCUCCAAACCUCCUGCCACCCUAAAAGCCCAGACUGCCUCCAAACCUCCUGCCACCCUAAAAGCUCAGACUGCCUCCAAACCUACCACUGCCCCAGAAGCCCCGGAGGGUGAUGUCAGAGGCCUCCGCCGCUCGAAAAGAAUUGCUGGUAAGAAAAAGUAGUGAAGAAUCUGCUCAGAAAUGUUCCCGAUCAGUUCAUUCCUUCAGCUCAGGAAGUUGUCUUCAUAUGUUCUUACUCUCAUUCAGGACAGACCUCUUUUUGAAAAUUUUUUAAUUUGCAAGGAUGUAAUUUACAGUAGGCUUUUAGACUUGGAGGGAGUAGUUUGGUACCCUCUAGUGAAUAUUUUGAGUUUAGCAUUUAUGGACACUCGAUGGUGGAAAUCGGAUGUAAUUCUGUCUAAUGGUGUAACCACACAUUAAUGUAGUUUUGUUUGUUACUCCACAUGUUAAGAGUGUUUUUUUCUUUGGAGAUGAAUAAACACUUUUUUUCAACCCUCUAUAAAGCC